UCGUCCGCCACCCUCCUCCCUCGGCUAGCGGGUUAAUGGUGCUUGGUCUGGCCAGGCUCCGGAGCAGCCACGUCAGGGUCGCUUCCCCGGGGCCCCGCCCCGGCCGACCCCACCUUGUGGCGCGGCUCCACCCCGCCGCCCCCUUCCCGGCGGCCCCUCCCCGCGCAGGUCCUGACUCCAGCCGCACCUCCUCCGGCUCUGCAGUGGCGGCGAGAAGGCGAGCGGGAGCGCCUGCGGGGUCGGGCCUGAGCAGAGCCGGGGUCCGGGCAGCCGCGAGGACCCCCCUGGAGGCGGGGCCUGUGGGACCGCGAUGGGCGUGGAGAUCGAGACCAUCUCCCCGGGAGACGGAAGGACGUUCCCCAAGAAGGGUCAGAUAUGUGUGGUGCACUACACAGGAAUGCUCCAGAAUGGCAAGAAAUUCGAUUCAUCCAGAGACAGAAACAAACCUUUCAAGUUCAGAAUUGGCAAACAGGAAGUCAUCAAAGGUUUUGAAGAAGGUGCUGCCCAGAUGAGCUUGGGGCAGAGGGCGAAGCUGACCUGCACCCCUGAUGUGGCCUACGGAGCUACUGGGCACCCUGGAGUCAUCCCCCCCAAUGCCACCCUCAUCUUUGACGUGGAGCUGCUCAACUUAGAGUGAAGGAAGGAUGACGAGGUGGCUGGAGACGGCUCCCGCUCUCGGUCCUAGCCUGCUCUGCCACUGGGACGGCUCCUCCUAGGUCGGGCUCUUGAUCAGUGUGCUGACGUCACUGCCCCGCGACAUUAUCCGUUCCUCCCGCCCACCCGCCCGGCUUGCUCUGUAUGUGUCCGCCAUUUAAUUGUUCCCAUACUUCUUUGCUUGAGGAAAUUUAGUUACAGAUCCAGACAUUUCAGGUUGUGCAUUUUGUGUGAUGCAUGUCGGAGCCAUUCCCGAUCAUCCGAGGACACAGACCUUGUUUGCACAAUCUAUAUUGCCUUACCUGCACUUAAGCCAGACAUACAAGGUGCUCAGACAUGCGCUGUACAUGGUUUCAAGGAGGGACUUGAGCCAGUUACCCUUGCUUCACUUUCCUCUGUCGGCUGCUCACUUUAAGCAGCUCCCUCUUUGGAAAUACUAUGUAAAAUAAAGGCUCCAUGCUUGGCA